UGGUUGCUCAAUCUUACAUUUUGUUAAAAUAUUUUUACCAUGCAGAUUUUUCUAUAAAACAGUCGGCUUGAAAUUAACGAGCUCUUCCACAAUGAGAUUUGCUUUUCUAUUUGCGAUAUUUGUGAUUACUGUUCAAUCUGGAAUUGCAUGGCGUAGUUUUAUGAGAGGUAGGAAGAAUAAUGGCAAUCUUGGUGAGCCUAAUUUAACGAAAGCCUAUGUUCCAAUAAAGGAACAAUGGUUCACUCAGAACUUGGAUCAUUCGAAUCCGGUCGAGGGUCGUACUUGGAAACAGCGAUACUUUGUUAACUCUGAUUUUUAUAAAAAAGAUGGACCUGUAUUUCUUAUGAUAGGUGGGGAAGGACCAGCGAGUAGCAAAUGGAUGAUUGAAGGGCAAAUGAUUGAAUAUGCGAAACAAUUUGGAGCCAUGGCAUUCUUAUUAGAACAUCGAUAUUAUGGAACUAGUCGUCCAACAUUGGAUUUAAGCGUUAAGAAUCUUGUGUAUUUAAGUUCCGAACAAGCGCUCGCUGAUAUAGCCUACUUUAUCGAAGGAAUGCACUUAGCUUAUCAAAUACCUCAUAGUGCUAAAUGGAUUGUAUUCGGUGGUUCGUAUUCCGGUUCUUUGGCAGCCUGGAUGCGCGCCAAGUAUCCUCACCUGGUUCACGGGGCUGUGUCCGCCAGUGGACCUUUACUCGCUCAGAUUGAUUUCCAACAAUACUAUGUUAUCGUUGAGAACUCUUUAAAAACACAUUCCCAAGCUUGCGUAGAUUCUAUAGUAGCUGCCACUAAACAAGUUCAUAUUAUGCUACGUCAUCCAAUCGGUCAACAAGGAUUGGCAAAAUUAUUCAAUUUCUGUGAUCCAAUCGAUUCUGGAAGAACAUCACAAAAAGAUAUUGCUAAUUUGUACGAGACCCUUGCUGGCAAUUUUGCUGAAGUUGUUCAAUACAACAGAGACAAUCGCAAUGAAAGUUCCAUUACUAUAGAUACAUUAUGCAAUAUAAUAAUUGAUGAGAAAAAAGGAAUUCCUGUACACAGACUCGCCGAAGUGAGCAAUUUAUUAUUGCGAAAUAAUAAAGAAAAAUGUCUAGACUACAAAUACAAUAAAAUGAUUGAGGAAUUGAGAAAUAUAUCAUGGAAUGAACAGAAACUACCUGGAGGUCGUCAAUGGAUCUAUCAAACAUGUACAGAAUUUGGAUUCUUCCAAACCUCAACAGCUAGACCUUAUUUAUUCAGUGAAACUUUUCCUGUUGAGUUCUUUAUCCAACAAUGUUCAGAUAUUUUUGGCCCCAGAUUUUCGCAUACACUAGAAUCUGGAGUUGAGCGUACAAACACUAUAUUUGGUGCUCUAGACUUGUCAAAUGUAAUAUCUAAUGUUGUAUUUGUUCAUGGAAGCAUUGACCCCUGGCACGCACUUGGCAUUACCAAGUCUUCUAAUCCGAAUGCCCCAGCUAUUUACAUUAAUGGCACGGCUCACUGCGCCAACGUUUAUCCACCAUCUAAAGAUGAUCUACCUGAAUUAACUAAAGCAAGAAAACAAAUAGGUCAAUUAAUUAAUCUAUGGCUACAGACGACUGUCUAUUCGUAAUGAUUACGAAUUAUGCCUUGAUUGAGACUGAUAAUAACGUAGAACGUGAUAUUAGAUUUUAUGAACUGUCAUUUAAUAAAUAAUUCAAAAUCUUUCUAUAAGAAAUUAAUAAC